AUGGAAAGUAAAAUCAAGAAAUUACGAGCUCUGACUCCAACCAAGCCAAAACCAGCUUUACCGGAGCCUUCUUGGAUAAAACUCGUCUCCUUAUCCUCGAUAAAUUUUGUCGGCGAAGAUGUCAUCGCAUUCGGAGCUGAUCAACAUAUUUUGCUCGUGAAUUACGAAACGAAACACGAAAGCAUUUAUUCGGCUGACAACGAAGAGAACGGAGAUGGUGUCGCUUGUGUUGCAGGACAUCCAGUUUUUCCGCUGUUUGCAUUUGCGGAAACGCGUCCUACACCGAGGAUUUUUGUCGUUUCGUAUCCAGAAGAUUUUUUAUUUGAAAUUUUUAUUUUAGAGGAUGAAGCGUUAUACAAAGCGAUCUGUUUUUCUGAGACUGAGCAUUUAAUAGCAUUGAAGGACUCUCCAAAUUACAAUAUUCAAGUUUGGUAUUGGCGAUCGCAGGAAAUGCUCGUUGAGAAAAAGACUCAUCAGAGGAAUACUGUUCAAGUUAUCGGUUGCGGAACAACCCUUCCCCCAACAGUGUGUCAACUAUCCCCAUUACGCAGCAACUUAAUCUUGUGGGAGUUACAUGGCACCGUGAAACUCUGCAAACUCAUCGAACGUCGCAUAAACAUCGAGUCACUUGCCCACGAAACGCCCAUCAACUACACCUUUGGCAUUGACGGCACUUUAUAUCUCAUUACGUCACACGGAAACGUUUUUCACGUGUACGGCGCUUCAGGCCAAUGCAACAUUACCCUCAAAUGGGACGAAGCAGCUCCAAAAUUAUUCCCGCCUGCAAUUGUGAGUUACAGCGGCGGCGUUAUCGUCUCCGGACCGGAUGGCGUCUUGAAAUAUUUCAAAAAAAUCAAGGGAAAUUGGGUCGAACAGUGGAAAUACGAGGAAUUCGGAGCAUUUAUUGGACUCUCGUACAACAGCAAGAAGGAUUUAAUUGUUGGAACGACUUUUCAAGGCGAGAUUUACACAAUUCAAGUGCACGAAGAAACGGCAAAUUUCGUCUGUGUCAAAGAAUAUUCGCAAGAAAUCAUUUUUUGUUGCUUCCUGAAGCCUUUGGAGGAUUUUGUGGUGACUGUGAAUGCUCGUCGGAUGCUUCAUGUGUGGAAAUUACGAACCGGCGAGAAAAUUUCAAGUGUCACGUUGGAAGAUGGCGGUUGUUUUAAGGAACAUCCAACAUUGAGUUACCUAAUUUUAGGCGAUUCUUCGGGGAUUUUGCAUCUCAUCAACGUUAUUGACGUAUUUCAACCCGCUGUUGAAACAAAAUAUUUUUUAUCACACGAAAAAAUCAAAGAAAUCGCAUUUCACUCGGAAGGAUCCUUUUUCGCUGUUUUAGAUGCUGCCAAUAAUAUUUACAUCCUGAAAUUGACAAUCGGGCACAUGAUCGACGUCGUUCAACAUUUUCCGACAGACCAAACUUUGCAGGAAAUUAAUUUUUUGGUCAAUAAUGUCGAGCUAACUCUCAUGACUUUGAUUCUCGAACCAGAAAUUUCGGUUCUGGCAUCGGAUUCAAUGCUUCUGAUCUCAUCGUCGUACGAUCAAACGGAAAUUUAUUCGCAAAAUUUGAUGAAAUUGCCCAAAAAGUACGUCAGCGUGUCGCCAAUUUACGAUUCCGAACACGAAUUUUACGGAAUUGAGUACAUGUCGAAGGAAAUUCAUAUCCUGAGGAUUGUCAUAAAUGAUGUGAUUGUGCUGAAAACUGUCAAAAUUGGGAUUUUGUGCAAACAAAUGGCGAUAAAGGGAGAUUUGCAACAUACCGUUGUCUAUGGUGUCGAUGGGAAAUUGCAUGUUUAUUCAAUAGCGGUCAGUGACAACGCUCAACUUAUUCUUCAACUUCACAAUCGCUUCUUUGGCGGCAUCCAACUUGCUUGUGUCGACAAAUUCGGUCAAUACGCUCUCACCCUUGGAUAUUCCGGGGUUAUGGUCUGCACCAAGCUCAACAAAGAACCAAAAGACAACAAAUUCGAGGAUUCCGUCACAAAAGAGAACCAAGAAUGGCGCAAACAACAUUCCAAAGACACCACGGAAGGAUUUGUUCUUUUAAACGAAUUGGCGGAUAAACGUUGGCUCGACAUCCGUAAACUUCGUUUCUUGGAAAAAGAAGAGGAGCUCAAUCGUGGCGAAAAAAACGCAAUUUUGGAUGAAUUUUACGCGUUGCGAACCAAACUCAAGGAAUUAAUUGACAACAACGAACGAAUGCCGGUCGCUGAGCGAAUUGAACUUGACGUUUUCAACAUUGCAAAUGAAUGGACGAAAAUUAAAGCAGAAGAAGCAGCACAAAAUCGCGAAUUAGAAGAAGAAUCAAUGGAUGCGUUCAUUGAAGCCCAAACAAAAGUGAAUGAAGCGAUCGUAAAACAAUUCUGGGAGUCGAUGGAAAUCAAAGGAUGUCAAAUUCGGGGAAUUUUUACGAAAGUUAAUGUUGAUAAUUUUCCCUUAGUCAUCGUGGAUAAGCAGAAAAAGAACGCGGCGUUCGAUAAUGCUCUGUUAUGGCGAAAGUUGGAAGUAAUGGCGAGUUGCAAAGAUGAAUUUCUGCCAUGGAUUCCGAUUCCAGCGAAUCAACUUGAGAUGCUUUUGUCACGAGAACCAGAUUUAGUAGCAAAUUACGAAGAAAAUUGCCCGGAAACGGUACUUUCACUGACAGGAACUCGCAGUUUUCAUUACAUUAAUCCCAUGAAAUUGCGUUAUCAGCAAAUGAAUAUUGUGUCGUUGACGCAAAUUCAUUUGUCGCAGAUUUUUGCGAAUCACGACAUCCUUCGUCUACGAAACUACUUCAACAAACUAUUCAACGAUCUCCAAUUAACAAAAGAGGACGAAAUGGACUCCGUUUCUGUAACAAAUCGUCGCUUAAGACACAUCCGCAACGAGCUAAAACAACUUGCCGAACUCAAAAACGAAGAAUUCAAAAUCGGCGAACCAAUUGACGAUCCAAUUUUCUUUCCAUCUGAACAACCAGACACCAUUAUUAAGGUUGAAGACGACGAAGUCGGUGUCAUGCCCUACAUCUCCCCGAGCAAACAAAAAAUCCUCGAUGCACUCGCUGUCGAGAAGGAACGCUUGCGCCAAGAAAUGAUGGCCGACGAUUUCCGUGAUCGCGCUCUCAUUGCCAUGAUGGAUGGCGUCUUGGAGCACCGCUGGGAAGACGAAAUCAAGAAACCCGUGUGGAAACCUGCGUGCAUGAUGGAAAAAGACUCGCGCGAGUACGACGAGCAAGACUUGGAAGCCGUGCGAGACUAUCACAAGCGUGUCAAACAAAAUUUAGUGGAACGAGAUCAAUACAAGGAAAUGCUGAUCGAGGAAAAAGCUCGUUUGAAAAUACUUUUAAAAGAGAGAAUUACAAAUUUUAAUUACAAAGUCGCAAAAUUACAACUUUUAAAGUUGCAAAUUGACUCGUGCAUCAAUGCCGAGGAGCUUCGUCUCUUAAAAAUUUUGAAUUUUAGUUAUCAACGGAUCUGUUUUGAUCGUCAAGAAGCGGCGAUUCGUCAAGAAAUCGAAAAUAUUCGAAAUCAACUGCAAUAUUUGGGAGAUACUUUCUCAGAAAUUCAAGAAAAAAUCACAGAAUUCAAAAAUAAUUACGAAACUUUGAACUACAAGGACAAACAGAUGGACAAACAAUUCAAAGCAAAUUUCGCCGAAGUCGCCCCGCUUGCAGUUGUCGACCCAUCGUACAAAAUUUUCCGUCGGCGACCCAAAUAUCAGAUCCGUGCAUGGGCCACAGUGCCAAUUUUGCUCGAUUUGGCGAAAAGAAUCGUCUCGAAGAAGACUUUUGAGCAAGGAGCCCUUCUGUUGCCCAUCGAAUGUGUCGAUUACAUGCGAUUGCUCGAUCAAAUGGACACUUUUACGGGCGCCACGGGCAUCGACGCCAACGUAUGGCAGAUUUUGUGUCGCAUGCGACGUGCCAAGAUCGAAAGUGAGUUCAAACUGAAGGCUUAUGGCUUGCAACUUGCCGAAGCGGAUACCACGGCGAACGCUUUCAGUCGUGAAAUGCACCACAAACGGAAUUAUUUGGCUGCGUUGGAGACAAAACUCGAGAAUUUACUCGAAGCCAAGCAAAAAGAAGCCAUGAAUCGACAGUUGCAGCUCAUAAUGAAACGCGGACAGAUCGAAAUUGGUCUCGCCGGAAAGUUGAGUGACUUCAAAGAUUGCAUUUUGAUCCACAAACAGGACAUUUACGACUUGAACGAGGUCAUUCAGAAGGCGGGACAGAAAAAACUUGUCGCCAUGAUGAACGCCGCCGUGUUUCGACGCAAAAUAAUCAUCAAGGAAUGGGAACACAAAGUUCUCCGUUUGACAGUUCGUGACAUGAAAGACUUUGUGCAAGUAAUUGACAAGUGCAAAAUCACGAAAGAGGUGCAAAUGUGGCUGAAACGCAAAGAACGCGGAUGGACACAAAAUUUAGACGAAUCCGCAGUCGAGGCAGAUAUCAAAAAUACCAUCGCAUCGCAGGAAAAAAUGCUUAACCACGUGGUUUUGCUUGUGAAAGGCGUACAAGAGGCGAUUAACGCCAAAAGACGUGAAAAUAAGAAACUGGAUAAGCGGAUUCAGGAUAUCAAUUUGGAUAUUGCUGAACAAGGACUCAAGCGAAAUGUCGAAUUUAUUGAAGUAGAGCACAAAUCGAGUCAAGAAAGGAUGGAAUUCAUGAUUGAACGAUCGCGGUUAAUUCGAAAAAUACAAGAACAACAUUCGUAUAUACUGGAAUUAUCAACGAUGGCGGAACUGCAGAAGUUGAGAACGUUUCCGACACUCACAGCACCGUCGAAUCUCACAAAAAGUAGAGUUGGGUGUUGA